AUGCCGCCUAGCAAGCGGAAAAGCAACGGGGCUGACAACAAGUCAGCUUCCAAAAGCGCGAAAAUGUCUGGCCGUGCAGACCCAGACAAGAUUAUGACCUCCCCGUACAUCCCGCUGAUGACAAACUGGCUUGAGAAGGAAGUCUUGGCUGGAGGAGGCCCUGCUGACUUUUUGGGGAAAAAGUAUCCCGACAAGGAGAAGGCCUAUGCCUCCAACAUGGAUGUCCCUGGAUUGCUGCGCCCAUGGUUUAACAGUGACCCGGACAAGGUGGCCACUGAGAAAUUGGCAAUGACAAAAUUGCCCAACGAGUACCUGGAAUCCCCUUAUGAUGAACUUCCAGCUGUCAUCGGAAGUGGACUGCUGCUGCCAUUCAGCGUGGCUUACAUCAAGGGUUGGAAGCGCGGCCUGAUGCUGUUGACAACUUUGGCUGCCAUUAGGGAGCUCAAGCUUGAGGACCAGAUUCCCCACUGGAUCAAGGUGAGCUUUGGGACCGUGCAUGCCAGCUUUGGCGCAUUCAGCGACGUCAGAAGCAAAGUCUUUGCAAAUCGAGGAGCCACGCUGCAGCAGGUAGCGACCAGAAGGCCGCCACAUGCAUUCAAUUUCUUGCGACAAAUCCAGAUCAUACAGAGAAGUGGCGGUUCUGGCGGCAUGCAACACUUCGAGGACUCCGGGGCUCCCAGAGUGGGAGCCAUUUUUCGGAUUUGUAGCAUCUUUAUUGCGGAAGUGUUUGCCAAUAUCAUUUGCUACCGAAAAGGGGACUGGGAACAAGCGGUGGGCGUAGCCCGUGCCUUCAAAUUGGGAAAGCUUGAGUCAGAGGCCGUGAGUAAUCUGCAAUGCCGCGUGCCUGAACACAUCGUGGCAGCCCUCUCCGAGGCAGUUCGUACCCGAGGGCUCUCUAAAUUGGUCACACAUGAAUUACUGGCGAAGGACCUGCUGAACAGAUCGUUCAGCUCAGGCCUUGGUCAGAUGGAAGCCUGGAAGGAGGAGCUGCGAAACAAGCCCAAUAACAAGAUUGUGGACCUGUUCUUGCAGCGGAUUCUUGCCGCCUUCGACAACACACCCGCUCCGAUGCGCAAGGCGAUGACGCACAAAGAAGGCCUUGUUGCCCACCAAUGCUGCGGAGCAUUUGUGCAUUUUCUCUCCGAGCUUGAGAAGAUUGCACCCCCGGCGGAGUAUCAGGAAGCUGCCACGUCAUUGACUUCCCAAUUUGGAUUUGGGUACCUGGACCCGGACUUGCUUCACGGCCUUGAGUCUUCAGUCCCCCCAGGGGAUGUGCGGAGCGUGUCAGCCUUCAGGCCUUUCAUUGCUAGAGUGGAGAGUGCCAGCAAGAUCCGUCAAGACAAGGAAGAUGAAGAUCUCGCUCAGGCUGUGCGACAGGCAGAUCUCAGGCAGCUGAUCUCCCGCUUGGAGAAUGACUUGAGGGCUCUGGAUGGCUUGGCAGGGGGUGAUGUUGAGGCGGCCAAGCAGACCGCAUUGGAUCUGAAAUGGAUUCGAGAACGGCAAAUGAAGGGUGAUGUCUUCAUCGACAAGUGGAUGGCCGAGAAUUGCAGACUGAUCGAGUGUGAUGCGGAGAUGCAGCAGGCUGUGCCUGACUUCAUCAACUUCAAGGAGCAGUUCAGGGGAAUCCCAGGACGCGAGUUCGUGUUGUGUGCCUACGAUGCCACGGUCUUUCCUGCCAAUGCUGCCUAUGUGCGCAAUUCCAUUGGAGCACUAGCGUCAAUUUUGGGGAUGGGCCCAAACUGCUGUGGGCACUACCAGGUUACGGUUUUCCAGAGCCAGACAACGAUGCCCGCGAUGGUCAAGCAUCGGCGCUUGAUUGAAGACCAGCUGAUUGCAAGCAAGAUGUCGAUUGUGAAUGCUUUUCAGCUUCUCUUCAACAAGGAUGAGUCAACUUCAUCCCGGGACCAGAGGGCUCUGAGCCAGCCCUGCAUUGGCUUGCUCCAUUCCAAUUUCCCGGACAGUGCUUGGCUGAGCUCACGGGUUUUGGUGGAGGGCAAACUUGGGCCUGUGCCGCUGCUGCCUUUCAAUCAGUUCCAAGGAUACGAUGACAUCACACGUCCAGGCGUGGAAGCACACAAGAAAAUUUUGGAGUCGUACAUGUGUGGGAUGGACAUCAAAGCAGAAGACAGGCUUCUUGCGGUGGAUUUGGUACCGAACAGGUUCGCUGAGUUUAGCAGAGCCGUUGCUGAGAUCCGCUUGGAGGAUGCCGGGUCCCCUCUUCGGUAUUUGGGCUUUGUCAAGUCGAAGGAUUCGACUGACUCGACUUCACUCAAGGAUUUGCAAGCCAUCAUUCGUUCCAAAGUGUGGGACUUCUGGGACGUGAGCUCGAUGGCGCCAGCGAAGACCAGGCCUCGUGAAGAGUCUGGCCCUAGAACGCUCCCGACCCUUCAAGUCUUGGCUUUUCAAGAUGGGCAUCCAAUCUUUCCGGAUGUUGUCCGCAACCGCUUUCCUCAGGGAACUGCUGAGCAGUUGGAGAUCGAGGCGUUUUUUGAGAAGUUCACGAAGAUGUUUCCACCUGCACCACAACGUGCAGCUGCUGCUCCAGGAGCGGCUCCACCGCGCUCUGGAGGUUUGUGUGACUUCAGCAUCAAUGGUGGGAAACUUCCUUUGGAUCCACACCGUGUGCUGGACUUGGUGGCCGUGAAGGAUGAAGAUUUCCAAGUCAGGCUUGGGGCGAUCAGCAUGACGGCAAAGCGCCCAGCUGUUGUGAUCACCACGGAUUUGGACAUCUGGGUUGGAAACACCACCGAUACUGUUUGCACGAUGGGUCCCGUUGAGCUGUUUGGAUACAACACAGGUGCUUAUGAGGAGGUCGUUGUCCCUGGUACGGACACCGCAAACCCGAAGGGGCUCAUGUUUCGCCUUGCAGAGGGCGACUUGAAUCUGAUCGUCGUGGAGGACAAGCAGAUCCUUCCCAUGUGCCAGUACCUUCGGAACUUGGCCACCCAGAAGGGCAUCAGUGCAGUGGAGGUGGAGGACCACAAGCUGACACCAAUGACCCACCAGGUGGAAGCUGGUGUGGAACCUGUCCCCAUCUCCUUCCGUUACCGCAUCACUGCCUUAGACAGUGGGAAGACGCACAUAUUCAAGCCCAACACCCUGGACCAGGAAUCUGCAGUGAGAUCCCAAACGAUGGGAGCCUUGAUGGCCGGAAAGUAUGACAAGGUUGCUGCCAGCCCUCGUGUGCAAGUUCUUUGGGAGGUUGAAGCCAGCAGCAGCCCAGCAGUGAUCCAACCGCGAAAGCCGAAGAUGUACAUGACCUGCUCCCUUUGCCUGGAUCAAUCUCAGGAGCCUGUAGCCAUGCCAGUUUUGACCCAGGACUCGCCCAUCCCCGCGCCAGCGCGGAAACCUCCAGCGAAACCGACGAAGAAGGAAAACGAACGUUCUCCUCCGGCAGGGAAAGGCCCCGACAAGAAAGAGGAGAAGCCAGAAGGAAAAGUGAAAGCAAAGCCGAAGGCACCCAAAGCGAAAGCCAAGUCCAAGCCAAAGGCCAAGGUGAAGGCAGCAUCGAGCGCAAAGAAGGCCCCGGCCCCGAAGAAGUCUCCAAAGAAGCCUGCUAGCAAGGAGGACCUUAAGGAGGAACAGGUGGCGCAGAAAGGUGAUGAUGGCAAUGGCAAGGCAUCACCGACCAUAAAGAGACCCGCGGCAAAGACCCUUCCUGAAGGCGAAGGCAAACGCAGGAAAGCAGGAAAGUCACCCGGAGGACAGGUGAUCAGCAACCCGUACUGGAUUGGGAGCUCCCAAAAAUGGGGCAUCAAGAUCGACAAGUCCGAGAAGAUCCGUGUUUAUUCCUCAGUUGGGAACAGGUUCAUGGACCGUGAGAAGUGCUGGGAGAUUUGCGAGGAUGCCGCCAAUGAGUUGCGAAAGGGAACUCCUCUCGCCGAUGUUAUGAGUAUGGCUGCUGCUCGCGAGCAAGCUCUCUGGGACGCCGUCAAGUCCAGAGAUGGUGGCAAGCCGGGUGCUGCAGCAGAAGCUGAAACUUGUGAGACUGAGAAGUGCGAGGAAAAAGUUGAAGAGUGCGGCGAAGAUCAUCAGGAGCAAGGGGAAGAGGAAGCCCCAGAAGACGAUGAAGAGCAAAAUGAGAUUGAACCGUUUGAAGAAAAGAAGGAGCAGGAUGAGAAAGAUGUGGACUGA